UAGCCAAGGCGUUAAUUACUUACACAUAGUAAAGGAAAUAUGUAGGUGCUUAUUAAUUUGUUUCAUGGGGAAUUUCUCAGCGUCUUACGAAUAGUGUUCACUGCCUUAACUUAACUAGACGAAUACGGAAAGAUGGCUUGCGUGUAAGCCCAACACACGCACGACUGAUGCCGAUAGUAAAAACAGACAAAAAAAUAUAAAACACCGAGAUAUUUGCAGUAAACACGCCUUAUUUAAUUGCUUUUUUGCACUUAUCAAUUUCUUAUCACUGACAGGAGCUGAAUUUAAAAUAUGCUGAUGGAUUAGAUAUGUGGUUAACUUGACUUUUAUACUUGAACUGUUAACACGCAAGAAAUAAAUGUUAGAACUCUUUUGUUUGUUAGUGGUACCUACCAAAUACUUAGGUCCACCAAGGCGGCAUUCCUGAUCAUUUCGUUAGUGAUCGUCGUCAAUCAAGGAAAUGGCGUGACGGCACAAGAUGACAGCUUGGACGAGCCACUCGCUAUAGAGUCGAAGAAUAGAGCUGUUACUAUAAUUCAUAGUCCAAAUGGGAAGCGGGGACGCUCGCCGACGCACUACAUGUACGGGGACCUAGAGAGCGAUGGCAGCCACAGUCGUCCACGAGUCGUCACCAAAAUCAAACAUCACCAUCACCACCACCACCACAGAUACAUAAAAACCGUUGAGAAACCUGUCAAGGUACCAUACAAAGUCGAGGUUCCUAAGCCAUACCCAGUGCAAGUGGAGAAGAAAGUUCCAGUACCAGUGGAGAAGAUUAAAGUAGUGGAAAAGCCAGUGCCUUACCCAGUAACCGUCGAGAAAAAAAUUCCUUAUCCCAUAGGUAUCAAAGUACCGCAUCCUGUGCCAGUGAAAGUAGUGGAAAAGGAGUACGUACCAAAACCUUAUCCCAUAGUUCACCGGGUGCCCGUAGUGAAGCACGUGGAAGUGAAAGUGCCGGUACCCGUUCACGUGGAGAAGAAAGUACCGUACCCGGUAGAAGUCAAAGUGCCAGUACCAGUGGACCGACCCGUCCCUGUGCCCGUACAAGUAGAGAAAAGGGUCCCCUACCCGGUACCUGUGAAAGUGCUCGUCCCACAACCGUAUCCGGUCGAAACCAAAGUGCCUUAUCCAGUCCAGGUUAAAGUUAAAGAACCAUACGAAGUGAUAAAACACGUUCCGAUAAGGGUCCCGUAUCCCCAACCUUAUGCUGUCAAAGUACCGCAUCCGGUUCCGGUGCCCUACGAGAAAAAAGUGCCUUAUCCAGUCGAAGUGGAAAAGAAAGUCCCAGUCCCAGUCGAAGUGCUUGUUCCACAGAGAGUAGAAGUGGAAAAACGUGUGCCCGUUUACGUGCCCAAACCUUACCCGGUUGAAAAGAGAGUUCCCUAUCCGGUCAAAGUGCCUUACCCUGUGAAAGUCAAGGUACCAGUGAAGGUGCCUGUGAAAGUCCCUGUGGAAGUGCCGGUGUACAUUCAUCCUUACCAAGUGUUCACCGAUGAUCAGUACGUCUCUAAUUAUGUGGAGAAUUCUGUGACACAGAAUACGCCUAUAAUUUCAAGUACGCCUCAUCACACGGUGACUGUGCACGGGAACACGGGCUUCAAUGGCUUCCAGUCUCGAUCUGAUACACCUGAAACAACGACAUCGACCACACCAAUUAGUUAGAUAACGAACAUAUGUAGGAUACCUAUUAGUUAUUAGUAGUUAGAGCAGUGCUAGUACCCGACUCCGCUAGAAUACUGUACCAUGUUUGUUAUCGAUAAGUUAUUAUGGUGUGUGUGGAAUGCUAAGUUUUAAGUUGAAUACGAGUAAAUGAAUGGUGCUGUGAUAAAUACCGCCUUCUCAUUUUUUUGAUCAAUUAAUCUAGUUAGUUAAAUCAAAUUCGUUCUUAA